CAUGCAACGUAUAACAACACUCACAGGAAGUGCGCGUGCGAAAGCACCGGUAAAAUUCCGUACAUUUCCUCCACUCCUCCACGUUACUCCGCCAUUUCCUUCCGGCCAAAACCAAAGAUCGCAUCGCGUAGUACGUACUCUACUUCUACACUUCUACUGAACGAAUGUUCCUGAAUCCUGCUUACAAAACUCGUCAAUUUUACAUAUUUGCAUCGUGCUUCUCUUCUAAAAUAACAAGGAUUCUCAAGCAAAAGUUCUGAUACCAGUAACCGGCACCAUGGCCGAGAUGAGCAUUCUUAAGAAGAAAGGUGAAAGUGUCACCACAGAUGGGAAAGAGGGACCUGAAGGAGCAGCGGAUAAGUACACAUUUAGUCCUUUCGUCAAGAUGUCCAUAGAUGUCCUGGCUAUCAUUGCCUGUAUCUUGUUACGCCUUAUCUCCCUCCUACGAUUCAGAGAGGCGACAGGAACACAGAUACCGGUAACCGGCACCAUGGCCGAGAUGAGCAUUCUUAAGAAGAAAGGUGAAAGUGUCACCACAGAUGGGAAAGAGGGACCUGAAGAAGCAGCAGAUGAGUUAACAAUCCUAGGGCCGUGGAAGGAGGGAGAAACUCAAAAGAAAUCCCAAGGAUUGGAGGAGGGAGAAAGUCGCAGGGAAUCCCAAGGAUUGGAGGAGGAAGAAAGUCACACGGAAUCCCCAGGAUUGGUGGAGGAAGAAAGUCACAUGGAAUCCCAAGGAUUGAAGGAGGAAGUGAGUCACACGGAAUCCCAAGGAUUGGAGAAGGAAGAAAGUCACAUGAAAUCCCAAGGAUUGGAGGAGGAAGUAAGUCACAAGAAAUCCCAAGGAUUGGAGAAGGGAGAAAGUCACACAGAAUCCCAAGGAUUGGAGGAGGAAGAAAGUCACACGGAAUCCCCAGGAUUGGUGGAGGAAGAAAGUCACACGGAAUCCCAAGGAUUGAAGGAGGAAGUGAGUCACACGGAAUCCCAAGGAUUGGAGGAGGAAGUAAGUCACAAGGAAUCCCAAGGAUUGAAGGAGGAAGAGAGUCACACGGAAUCCCAAGGAUUGGAGGAGGAAGAAAGUCACACGGAAUCCCAAGGAUUGAAGGAGGAAGUGAGUCACACGGAAUCCCAAGGAUUGGAGAAGGAAGAAAGUCACAAGGAAUCCCAAGGAUUGGAGGAGGAAGUAAGUCACAAGGAAUCCCAAGGAUUGGAGGAGGAAGAGAGUCACACGGAAUCCCAAGGAUUGGAGGAGGAAGUAAGUCACAAGGAAUCCCAAGGAUUGGAGGAGGAAGAGAGUCACACGGAAUCCCAAGGAUUGGAGGAAGAAAGUCCAGAGGAAUCCCAAGGAUUGAUGGAGGAAGAGAGUCACACGGAAUCCCAAGGAUUGGAGGAGGAAGAGAGUCACACAGAAUCCCAAGGAUUGGUGGAGGAAGAAAGUCCAGAGGAAUCCCUAGGAUUGGAGGAGGAAGUAAGUCACAAGGAAUCCCAAGGAUUGGAGGAGGAAGAGAGUCACACGGAAUCCCAAGGAUUGGAGGAGGAAGUAAGUCACAAGGAAUCCCAAGGAUUGAAGGAGGAAGUAAGUCACAAGGAAUCCCAAGGAUUGGAGGAGGAAGAGAGUCACACGGAAUCCCAAGGAUUGAUGGAGGAAGAGAGUCACACAGAAUCCCAAGGAUUGAUGGAGGAAGAGAGUCACACGGAAUCCCAAGGAUUGAAGGAGGAAGUAAGUCACAAGGAAUCCCAAGGAUUGAAGGAGGAAGUAAGUCACAAGGAAUCCCAAGGAUUGGAGGAGGAAGAGAGUCACACGGAAUCCCAAGGAUUGAUGGAGGAAGAGAGUCACACAGAAUCCCAAGGAUUGAUGGAGGAAGAGAGUCACACGGAAUCCCAAGGAUUGGAGGAGGAAGUAAGUCACAAGGAAUCCCAAGGAUUGGAGGAGGAAGUAAGUCACAAGGAAUCCCAAGGAUUGAAGGAGGAAGUAAGUCACAAGGAAUCCCAAGGAUUGGAGGAGGAAGAGAGUCACACGGAAUCCCAAGGAUUGAUGGAGGAAGAGAGUCACACAGAAUCCCAAGGAUUGAUGGAGGAAGAGAGUCACACGGAAUCCCAAGGAUUGAAGGAGGAAGUAAGUCACAAGGAAUCCCAAGGAUUGAAGGAGGAAGUAAGUCACAAGGAAUCCCAAGGAUUGAUGGAGGAAGAGAGUCACACAGAAUCCCAAGGAUUGAAGGAGGAAGUAAGUCACAAGGAAUCCCAAGGAUUGAAGGAGGAAGUAAGUCACAAGGAAUCCCAAGGAUUGAUGGAGGAAGAGAGUCACACGGAAUCCCAAGGAUUGGAGGAGGAAGAAAGUCACACGGAAUCCCAAGGAUUGAAGGAGGAAGUGAGUCACACGGAAUCCCAAGGAUUGGAGGAGGAAGUGAGUCACACGGAAUCCCAAGGAUUGGUGGAGGACAAGAGUCACAAGGAAUCCCAAGGAUUGGAGGAGGAAGAGAGUCACACGGAAUCCCAAGGAUUGGAGGAGGAAGAAAGUCACACGGAAUCCCAAGGAUUGGAGGAGGAAGAAAGUCGCAGGGAAUACCAAGGACUGGUGGAUGAAGAGAGUCACACAGAAUCCCAAGGAUUGGAGGAGGGAGAAAGUCACAAGGAAUCCCAAGGAUUGGUGGAAGACGAAAGUCACACGGAAUCCCAAGGAUUGGUGGAGGAAGAGAGUCACACGGAAUCCCAAGGAUUGGAGGAGGAAGAAAGUCACACGAAAUCCCAAGGAUUGGAGGAAGAAAGUCCAGAGGAAUCCCAAGGAUUGAUGGAGGAAGAGAGUCACACGGAAUCCCAAGGAUUGGAGGAGGAAGAGAGUCACACAGAAUCCCAAGGAUUGGUGGAGGAAGAAAGUCACACAGAAUCCCAAAGAUUGGAGGAGGAAGAAAGUCCAGAGGAAUCCCUAGGAUUGGAGGAGGAAGAGAGUCGCAAGGAAUCCCAAGGAUUGGAGGAGGAAGAAAGUCACACAGAAUCCCAAGGAUUGGAGGAGGAAGAAAGUCACACGGAAUCCCAAGGAUUGAAGGAGGAAGUGAGUCACACGGAAUCCCAAGGAUUGGUGGAGGACAAGAGUCACAAGGAAUCCCAAGGAUUGGAGGAGGAAGAGAGUCACACGGAAUCCCAAGGAUUGGAGGAGGAAGUGAGUCACAAGGAAUCCCAAGGAUUGGAGGAGGAAGAAAGUCACACGGAAUCCCAAGGAUUGGAGGAGGAAGAAAGUCGCAGGGAAUACCAAGGACUGGUGGAUGAAGAGAGUCACACAGAAUCCCAAGGAUUGGAGGAGGGAGAAAGUCACAAGGAAUCCCAAGGAUUGGUGGAGGACGAAAGUCACACGGAAUCCCAAGGAUUGGUGGAGGAAGAGAGUCACACGGAAUCCCAAGGAUUGGAGGAGGAAGAAAGUCACACGAAAUCCCAAGGAUUGGAGGAAGAAAGUCCAGAGGAAUCCCAAGGAUUGAUGGAGGAAGAGAGUCACACGGAAUCCCAAGGAUUGGAGGAGGAAGAGAGUCACACAGAAUCCCAAGGAUUGGUGGAGGAAGAAAGUCACACAGAAUCUCAAAGAUUGGAGGAGGAAGAAAGUCACAAGGAAUCCCAAGGAUUGGAGGAGGAAGAGAGUCGCAAGGAAUCCCAAGGAUUGGAGGAGGAAGAAAGUCACACAGAAUUCCAAGGAUUGGAGGAGGAAGAGAGUCACACGGAAUCCCAAGGAUUGGUGGAGGAAGAGAGUCACAAGGAAUCCCAAGGAUUGGAGGAGGAAGAGAGUCACACGGAAUCCCAAGGAUUGGAGGAGGAAGAAAGUCACACGGAAUCCCAAGGAUUGGAGGAGGAAGAAAGUCGCAGGGAAUACCAAGGACUGGUGGAUGAAGAGAGUCACACAGAAUCCCAAGGAUUGGAGGAGGGAGAAAGUCACAAGGAAUCCCAAGGAUUGGUGGAGGACGAAAGUCACACGGAAUCCCAAGGAUUAGUGGAGGAAGAGAGUCACACGGAAUCCCAAGGAUUGGAGGAGGAAGAGAGUCGCACGGAAUCCCAAGGAUUGGAGGAGGAAGAAAGACGCAGGGAAUCCCAAGGACUGGUGGAUGAAGAAAGUCACACAGAAUCCCAAGGAUUGGAGGAGGGAGAAAGUCACAAGGAAUCCCAAGGAUUAGUGGAUGAAGAAAGUCACACAGAAUCCCAAGGAUUGGAGGAGGAAGAAAGUCACAUGGAAACCCAAGGAUUAGUGGAGGAAGAAAGUCACAUGGAAUCCCUAGGACUGGAGGAGGAAGAAAGUCGCAGGGAAUCCCAAGGAUUGGAGGAGGAAGAAAGUCACACAGAAUCCCAAGGAUUGGAGGAGGAUGAAAGUCACACGGAAACCCAAGGAUUGGUGGAAGAAAAAAGUCACAUGGAAUCCCAAGGAUUGGAGGAGGAAGAAAGUCACACAGAAUCCCAAGGAUUGGAGGAGGAAGAAAUUCGCAAGGAAUCCCAAGGAUUGGUGGAUGAAGAAAGUCACAAGGAAUCCCAAGGAUUGGAGGAGGAAGAAAGUCCAGAGGAAUUCCCAGGAUUGGAGGAGGAAGAGAGUCCUAAGGAAUCCCAAGGAUUGGUGGAGGAAGAAAGUCACAAGGAAUCCCAAGGAUUGGUGGAGGAAGAAAGUCACACAGAAUCCCAUGGAUUGAAGGAGGAAGUGAGUCGCACGGAAUCCCAAGGAUUGGAGAAGGAAGAAAGUCACAUGAAAUCCCAAGGAUUGGAGGAGGAAGUAAGUCACAAGGAAUCCCAAGGAUUGGAGGAGGAAGUAAGUCACAAGGAAUCCCAAGGAUUGGAGAAUGAAGAAAGUCACAUGAAAUCCCAAGGAUCGAGGGAGAAAGAAAGUCCAGAGGAAUCCCCAGGAUUGAAGGAGAAAGAAAGUCAAGAGGAAUCCCCAGGAUUGAAGGAGAAAAAAAAUCCAGAGGAAUCCCUAGUAUUAAAAGAGAAAGAAAGUCCAGAGGAAUCCCCUGUAUUGAAAGAGAAAGAAAGUCCAGAGGAAUCCCCAGGAUUGAAGGAGAAAGAAAGUCCAGAGGAAUCCCUAGUAUUGAGAGAGAAACAAAGUCCAGAGGAAUCCCCUGUAUUGAAAGAGAAAGAAAGUCUAGAGGAACCCCCAGGAUUGAAAGAGAAAGAAAGUCCAGAGGGAUCCACGGGAUUGAAGGAGAAAGAAAGUCCAGAAGAAUCCCCAGUAUUGAAAGAGAAAGAAAGUCCAGAGGAAUCCCCAGUAUUGAAAGAGAAAGAAAGUCCAGAGGAAUCCCUAGUAUUGAGAGAGAAACAAAGUCCAGAGGAAUUCCCUGUAUUGAAAGAGAAAGAAAGUCCAGAGGAAUCCCCAGGAUUGAAAGAGAAAGAAAGUUCAGAGGAAUCCCCAGGAUUGAAAGAGAAAGAAAUUCCAGAGGAAUCCCCAGGAUCGAAGGAGAAAGAAAGUCCAGAGGAAUCCCCAGGAUUAAAGGAGAAAGAAAGUCCAGAGGAAUUCCCAGGAUUGAAGGAGAAAGAAAGUCCAGAGGAAUCCCCAGGAUUGAAGGAGAAAGAAAGUCUAGAGGAAUCCCCAGGAUUGAAGGAGAAAGAAAGUCCAGAGGAAUCCCCGGGAUUGAAGGAGAAAGAAAGUCCAGAGGAAUCCCCAGGAUUGAAGGAGAAAGAAAGUCCAGAGGAAUCCCCAGGAUUGAAGGAGAAAGAAAGUCUAGAGGAAUCCCCAGCAUUGAAGGAGAAAGAAAGUCCAGAGGAAUCCCCAGGAUUGAAGGAGAAAGAAAGUCCAGAGGGAUCCCCGGGAUUGAAGGAGAAAGAAAGUCCAGAGGAAUCCCCAGGAUUGAAGGAGAAAGAAAGUCCAGAGGAAUCCCCAGUAUUGAAAAAGAAAGAAAGUCCAGUGAAAUCCCCAGGAUUGAAGGAAAAAGAAAGUCCAGAGGAAUCCCCAGGAUUGAAGGAGAAAGAAAGUCCAGAGGAAUCCCCAGGAUUGAAGGAGAAAGAAUGUCCAGAGGGAUCCCCAGGAUUGAAGGAAAAAGAAAGUCCAGAGGAAUCCCCAGGAUUGAAGGAGAAAGAAAGUCCAGAGGAAUCCCCAGGAUUGAAGGAGAAAGAAUGUCCAGAGGGAUCCCCAGGAUUGAAGGAGAAAGAAAGUCCAGAGGAACCCCCGGGAUUGAAAGAGAAAGAAAGUCCAGAGGAAUCCCCAGGACUGAAGGAGAAAUCAGAAGAACAGGAUAAAUCAAAGAUAUGUACCACCAAGCUUGCAGGAAUUGAGCUGCUCAUGUACAAGAGGAUGCUCCUUUUAAUACUUGUAAUAUUUUUAUCAGGAGCUAAUGGAAAAGGAGUUGAUGUUCAACGGGAGGAUUUCAGGAGCAUUACUAUAGCAACCAGCGAGACUGAAUUUGCCACGCACUCAGUUCCUACACCAGUUGAUGGGGCAAACUACUUGAUCUUUGCUGGGGACAAAAAUUAUCAUGGAAGCUACAAAUGUACAGCGGAGUUUGUGACAGAUAAUAAAAUUUGCAGCCUUGAAGUGGGGGACAAGGAUAAGACUAAGUGUGAGGGAUUGCAGAUCUUUAGGAAUGACACUCACACUUACCUUACUGUAGAUGGGUCACAGCUGACCCAUGACUACACAGUAUUCUGCAUCCUACAGCACUUCCCAGGAUUGCACUCGCUUUACCCUCUAGUGGUAUUCAAGGAACACGAUCAAGGUUCCAAUAAUGCCUUCAUCGGUGUAUCAGUUGUGGCCAUAAUUCUGGCCAUAAUUUUGAUCUUAACUCUGGUCUACUUCCUAUGUUGCAGAAAAAAAUUGAUGGAACGAGUAUCCACAGAUGACCCUGAUCUGACCCGAAACACUGAGAUGAGUAAUGGUCAUGCUGCCUAAUGCUUAACGAGGAGAUGAAGGAGCUACCGAGUUUCGCUUUCCAGUGCAAGGCCUUUGGGAGGGGGG